AUGGCUUUUAAGGUGUACGCAUCCCCAUGCUGCAAAGCAACCUCGACUAUUGUAAGAAAGGACUCUGAGAGUAACCCAACGAUCACUCAGCUUAAAAACGUAUACGGAGACGUGCAAGAUCUUCUGGAAGUUUUUUCCAAAUCUAAUAUUAUGAUCCGACUCCGUGUGGUGGACUUUGCUGAUUUAAUUGAAAGUCCUUCAAAACAAUUUAAGCUAAAUCGCAUACAUGAAGUUGUAUUUGAUAACGAAGGGAGUUUAGAAAUCAUUACAUCUCAUGAAAUCAUCAACGAGGACAAGUCAACACCGUUCAAAUGCAGAAAAAGAGCUGUUAAGGGAUCAGCUUAA